UAAAGUCGAUUCUCCUCUCCUCUACCCUUUGAACCCAUAAGAACCCUACGAUUGUUCCUUAUUACUGCGAAUCACUAUCACCAACUUUGUUGCUGUGGAGAUCUCAUUACAGUAUACAUGCAUAGACAAGCACGUAUGCACGUAAAUAUAUUACAUGGAGAUUGAUCUAUCAACAAUCACUCUUCGUCCAUUCAGGUCAACGGACGUCGACGACUUCAUGUCCUGGGCAGGAGAUGAUCAAGUAACAAGAUCCAUCAGAUGGGAGACUUUUACAUCGAGGGAAGAGGCCUUGACCUUCAUCAAGGAGGUAUGUAUAACCCACCCCUGGCGCAGAUCCAUAUGCAUCGGCGACCGUUCGAUUGGGUUCGUGUCAAUCUUCCCGGGAUCGGGUGACGAUAGGUGUAGGGCUGAUAUAGGCUAUGCUGUGGCUGCAAAGUACUGGGGCCAUGGGAUUGGCACCAAGGCAGUGGAAAUUGCAGUGUCCCAGAUUUUUAAGGACUGGCCUCAUUUGGUGAGGCUGCAGGCUUAUGUCGAUGUAGAGAACCAGAGCUCUCGGAGGGUGCUAGAGAGGAAUAAAUUUCAAAAGGAGGGGUUGUUAAGAAAAUAUGGGUUUCUCAAGGGGAAAAUAAGAGAUUUGCUUGUUUAUAGCUUCUUGUCUGCAGAUUUUCCUGGACAAGAAUGAUGAUUAUAAUAUGUUACGGGUGAAAGAAGUAUGAAUUAGCGUGGCUUGCUAUGUGCGAGUCAUCCUCAUAUAUGGUUGGCUUUAUUGUAAUCUGGAGGAGUUUAAUUAGUUUUUAUAAUAAAAAAGAGAAAGGAUUGGAGUAAUUUUUUUUUUUGAAGAGCUUGGAAAAAAUCUUUUAGUUUAGUUUCAAAUUUUUUGAAUCAAAUCCUUCGA